AUGGAAUCAUUUUUUCGUCAUAUGUCAUCAAUUGUUCGAAAAAAUAGUAAAUUUAGUAAUCCUGAUGAAGAUGAACAAGAAAUUCAUGAUGAUUAUAAUGCACAAUUAAGAUAUCUUCGUGAAAUGCAAGAACGUCGACGUUCGGCACCUGACAUUCGUCGACAUAACAAUUCAAUGUCUAGAAUGUCAAUACAUUCAGAAGAAAAUAGUGAAUUAUUCCCUCAAAUGAACUCAGAAAGGUCAACAACGCAAAUUGAUUCUAUACUCUCUACGCCAAAUCAAUACAAUCCACCACAGGCACAAUCUAUGGCUAAAUUGGGUUCGUUUUUUCGCCGUUUGUUUACUCCGAAUACUGCUGAUGAUGCUAAUUUAUCAUCAUCAUCAUCUUCAGCAUUAACAACAGAAUCUCACAAAAAUGUAUUUAUCAUGCCACCCUUAUCGUCAUCCAAUUUAACAACUUCGAAAAUAACUUCACUGACUACUCGAUCAUGUACAGUAUCACCUCGAUCAUCACCACAGCCAGUUUUGAAACAAACAACAAUAAAUGCUGAUCAAAUUAAUUCAACGCCUAACUCAAAUUUUCUUUCAUCCGAUAUCAUUAAAAGCAAUGUUCGUCGACUUAGUGCACCACUUCUUAUUCAAACAUCAACUAAUUAUUAUCCACAAUAUUCAUCGACAAUUGUAAAUGAAAAUACUACAGCAGCAUUAGUAUCUUCAUUACAACGUCUCUCAUUUUCAUCUUCACCAGCAACGAUUGAAAAUCAUAAUAGCAGUCUUCUUAGUUUGGGUAGUAACGGUGGCGGUACCCCAGCAAGCCCAUUAUCACGUCCCGAGGUGCGUUCAGCAUCUUUCAAUUUAACACCGUCAUCUAGUUCAGUUAGCAACAAUCUAGGAAACAAUAUUUCAUCAGCAUCUGGCACACCGCCGACACAGUUUGUCAUCGGACCAAAAUCCUCAUCAACACGCGUUAGUAUUCAUUCCAAUAGUUCACCAGUACAUAAUAGUGUUAUGAAAGAUAUUUCACCAACAGGUGAAACUAUAACAAAUAUCCAAUCAGAUAGAAAAAUGUCAUUACCAGCAAGAGGACGACGUCCAUCGAUGUUUGAUCCAAUUGAUCCAAAAGAAUUACAGCAAGCUUUAUAUGCUUCAGCUGCCGCUAAAGCUUGUAUACCAUUGAAAUCAGAAGAUGAAAUCGAUCCAAAUCGAGCUAUUUCACAUAUUAAACUUCUAUAUGAUCGUGAUGGUGAACAUGUUUAUAUUGAUAGUUUAUCUUUUGAAAACAUGCAAAUGCUUGAUUCAUUUAUUAAUAAUAAUAAUCAAAAUAAUAAUAAUAAUAAUAAUAAUAAUAUGAAUUCUUCAUCUACAAAUACUAAUGGAAAUAAUCAUGAUUUUAUACCAUUUUAUUGCCGUUUUCGAUUAUGUCCUGAAAAACGUAGUUUAUUCCAAACUGAAGUUGUUCGUUAUCCACGUUCUCAAUCAUUUUUUUUAUUUGAUUUAAAACAAUUAAAUGAUUUUGAAUUAUCCUAUGAACAAUUAAAUAAUCAUUCGAUUGAAAUACUUUUUUAUAAAGUUGGAACAGCAAAACCAUCAUAUAAAGAUAUUCGUAUAGCUACAGUUAAAUAUGAUCUUGAAGGAUUAAUUGAAACUGAUGAAAUUUCACUUAAAAAACCAUUGGAAGAAUGUGAUCCAUCAUCAUCUACGAUACAAGAUCCAGAUCUAGGUAAUUUACUUGUUUCAUUAUCGUAUUUACAAACAGCUGCUAAAUUAGCUGUUGUUGUCCUUGAAGCAAAAAGUUUACGACCACUUUCUAUUGAAAGUAAACCAUUUCCAGAAGCAUGUGUAAAAGUAACAUUAUAUGAUCGUAAUGGAAAAAAAUUGAAACGUAAAAAAACGAGCGUACAAAAAGCAUCUGAUUGUCCGACAUUUAAUGAAGAACUUGUUUUUGAAUUACGUCGUGAUAUAGCACAAGAAGUUAUGAUUGAACUACGUAUUGUACAUGAAUCAUUAUCUUAUAAAGAACAAUUAGGUUCAGUUAUAUUUGGUCCAGCUAUAAUUAAUAUGACAAAAGGAUCUAUGAAUCAAGAAAAUGCUUAUUGGUCAAUGAUUUUAUCUGGUGAAUCUCUUAGUGCACAAUGGCAAAUAUUAAAAUCACCUAUACGAAUCGAAGAAUCGAAGUGA